ACGAUGCGGCUGUUCAUCUUGCUUUCGUGUCUUCUCGCGUGGGUCCUCGCAGCGCCUUAUAUCGAUCAGGAAGAUGCGCUCCGCGUUUUGAACGCAUAUUUGGAGCAAUUCGGACCCGGCAGUGACAGAGUUUACUAUGUUGCCGAAGACGAUCAUGGAUCAAUGAAACGUGGUCUCGGUCCUCGUCCUCUCCGAUUUGGAUAAACGGUUGCUGCUCGAACGAACGAACAACAUGACACAACAUUUUCUCUCUUUCCUCUCAAUGUAACUUUAUACAAAAAUGAUGUUCCAGACACUCCACAAUUCCAAUUCCGAAGAAAUAUCUAUCCUCUCCUUUUCUCUUUGAAAACGCUGCAGAAACAAUGUUCUUUUUACUCUCUCUCUCUUUUUCUAUCUCACUUCCUCUUUUUCUGUUGAACAAAUAAAAACAGCUUUCAGUUUGAC